UUGGUCAUAUUCUUCGAUGUAAACAAAACGAAAAGGAAAAGAAACAUAAACAAAUACAAAAGUUGAGUAGUCCAUCAUGAGCUGCAACUACGCAGACGGACUUUCUGAUUAUGAUGACAAGGGAGUCCUGGGAGCCCCCGAAUCCUUCGACUCGGACGAGGAGGUUUCCAAAUGCCGGCAACUCGCCGACUGGAUAAGGCAAUCGGGUCAUGUGGUCUUGCACACGGGAGCGGGAAUCAGUACCUCAGCGGGAAUACCGGACUUCAGGGGACCACGAGGCGUUUGGACUCUUCAGGAGAAAGGAGAAAAACCCGACUUUAACGUGUCCUUCGACGAGGCGAAGCCGACCAAGACCCACAUGGCUAUUCUCGCCCUGGUGGCUAGUGGCCACGUCCAGUAUGUUGUCUCGCAAAAUAUCGACGGACUGCACCUAAAGUCGGGCCUGGACAGGCGGUAUCUCUCCGAGCUGCACGGCAACAUCUACAUCGAGCAGUGCAAGAAGUGCCGGCGGCAAUUUGUCAGGUCCUCGGCGGUUGAAACCGUCGGUCAGAAGUCUCUGAACCGGCCCUGCAAAUCUUCCACAGACGCCCAGGGACGCAGCUGUCGAGCGGGAAUCCUGUACGACAACGUAUUGGACUGGGAACACGAUCUGCCGGAGAAGGACCUCGAACUGGCUGUGAUGCACUCUACCGUUGCCGAUCUGAACAUCGCCCUGGGCACCACCCUGCAAAUUGUUCCCAGCGGGGAUCUGCCACUGAAGAACCUCAAGCUUGGCGGAAAACUAGCGAUUUGUAAUCUCCAGCCUACGAAACACAAUAAAAAGGCCAAUCUCAUAGUUUGUAGCUAUGUGGACGAGGUGUUGUCGAAGGUCUGCAAACUAUUGGGCGUAGAGAUUCCCGAGUAUUCCGAGUCUUCCGAUCCCACCAAACAGCCGAGUCCCGCCGAGUGGACUAUUGCUAUGAAAAAUGUAAAUAGCUUCCACAAGGAGUACAAGGCAAAGGUUAAGGAUUCUAAAGCAGAAGUUAAAAACGAACCCAAAGCUAAGAAAACUAAAUGUCAGUAG